CAGUAGUCCUCUAUCCAGUCCCAGACCUAUGAAGAAGACAAAACUGUUGUCGUCUGCCUUUUCUACCAACGAGUCCCAAAAUUACAAAGCGCGAUGUUUCCGGUCCCAAAAUUGCAAUUUUCUCUCUACCAGCAAGCCUUGUAACAGAGAGAACGGCGCAUCUCAUUACCCGGGAAGCGGGAACCGACGGCUGUCUCCUCCCUCGAUGUUGCGCAUGGUCCUCGCGAGGGCGAUCCCACUCUCCGCCGCCUCCACCGGGUUGCCCAAACCGCUAAGCCCUCUCUUCAUCGGUGCCUCGCGCCUCGCCACUUCUUCUGGAGACCACGUCACAGAUGGCGGCGAGGAUGACCCCUUCUCCUUCCCGGACCACCACCAGCAGCAGCUCCCGCCCGACGUCACCCGAGGGGUGGACUCCGUCGUCGCGGCGGCCGAGGCCAAUGCCUCCAAUGCGGCGGACGCCGCGCGGGCCCUCGACCGGUGCGGCGCCGAGGCGUCCGAGCCGCUCGUGGUGGCCGCGCUUGCGCGCCUCCGCAACAGCUGCGCCGCCGCGCACGCCGCAUUCCGGUGGGCCGCGGCGCAGCCCGGGUACGCGCCGGGCCGGCGCGCGUCCCACUCCAUGCUCGCCAUCCUCGCCAAGCACCGCCACUUCGACGACGCGCGCGCCCUGCUCGACGAAAUGCGCCGCGCGUCGACGGCCUCCCCGGCCGCGGUGCUUCUCCUCAUCCGGCGCCACUGCGCCGCGCGGGACGUCGCUGGCGCCGUCGCCGCGUUCCGCGGGCUACCGACCUUCGGAUUCCGUCCUGGUGUUGCUGAGUUCCACGGCCUCCUGAGUGCGCUAUGCAGGUACAAGAACGUUCAGGACGCGGAGCACCUGCUCAUGUCCAGCCGUAAGGAGUUCCCCUUCGAGACCAAGAGCUUCAACAUCGUGCUCAAUGGUUGGUGCAACAUUAUCGGCAGUGUUCGGGAGGCGAAGAGGUUUUGGAAUUCCAUGGGGAAUCUGGGCAUUGACAGGGACGUCGUGUCGUAUGGGAGCAUGAUCUCAUGCUUCUCAAAGUCUGGGAGUUUGGAUUCUGUCAUGAAGCUCUUUAACCGCAUGAAGGAGGCUGGCAUUGCACCAGAUCGGAAAGUAUACAAUGCAGUCGUGUAUGCACUAGCAAAGGGACGUUGCAUGGAGGAGGCAAAGAUGCUUGUCCAGACUAUGGAGGAGGAGGAGGUUGCCCCGGACACAGCCACUUUUAACUCUCUCAUUGGGCCUCUUUGCAAGGCUCGUCGUGUUCAUCAGGCAAUGGAAACAUUUUAUGCUAUGUUAGGAAGGGGUCUGCCUCCUUCAGUGAGGACCUUCCAUGCGUUGCUUAAUGUGGCCAGCAGACCCAUUGAGGUAUUUGAUAUGUUACUUAAGAUGAAAGAGUUGCGCUGUGAGCCAGAGAUGGACACUUACAUUAUGUUGAUCAGGAAAUUCUGCCGAUGGAGGCAGUAUGAGUGUGUGGAGAAGCUAUGGAGUGCAAUGCCUGCAAAUGGGCUGAGCCCUGAUCGGAGUGCGUACAUUGUGUUGAUACAUGGAUUAUUCCUAAAUGGAAGACUAGAGGAGGCGGCAAAGUAUUACGAAGAGAUGAAAGCUAAGGGCUUUGCACCAGAGCAGAAGACUCAAGAAAUGAUACAAGCUUGGCUCGCAGGCAGAGAGCUUGCCAAGGCAUCAGCUUCGGGUCGUUCAAAGGAUGGUUCAGUGUCUUUCAGACUUCCCAGAAAGUGACAAGGUUAAGGUUAGCUCUGAAGGGUAAUUCAUAAAAAGAAACGAAACAGGAUAGAAGGGUGCCUAUUAUGAUUCUCGAAGAACCGCUAUAAGUUCGAAAAGACACUUGGCUGCAUGGGAAACGGGGACUACUGAUGUUUUUCGUAUUUAUUUGUCACUUGAUUAAUAAGUUGAGAAAACUGGAAUAUGCCAAGUCAUUUUCAGGUGGAUGCAUGCUAUUUGUAUUUCUUCGAAAUGAGCUUUUAGUGGGUACUGACCAGAUGUUCAAUUAUAUGUUUACCAAACUUCUCCUGAGACAUGUUUAAGCCCACCUGAAUGCUUCCUUUAAUAUCGAAGGGGCACUACAGGUGAUUUUGCAAAUAAAAUCAGGGCAAAUGAGAUGGAAAAAGCAACAAGCAGAUUAACAUA